AUGAUUUUAUCCCUUCAGUUGCCUUGCUCUCCUCUCUUCCCACCACCAAUGGCCUCUUCUUUAUGCUCAAAUCUUAAUUUCCUACCCACACCUCAAUCCACGGCGGCGUCCGUCAGACUCCACCGCUUCUCCAUCAUACGGUGUGGCCCACGAGACAACCGUGGCCCACUCCUCAAAGGUCGGAUCCUAAGCACCGAAGCAAUUCAAGCCAUCCAGGCCCUCAAACGUGCCCACAGAACCGAACCGACAAAUCUCCCUACCCACAUCCUCUCCCGCCUCAUCAAAUCAGACCUCAUCGCCGCCUUCAAGGAGCUCCUGCGACAAGACCACUGCAUUCUCGCCCUCAAAGUGUUCUCAAUCAUCCGAUCAGAAUACAGCGCUGAUUUUGGCAAUUAUGCCGACCUGGUUAUUGCAUUAUCCAGGAAUGGAUUCAGAGAUGAAAUUGAUGCACUAAUUCUUGAUAUGGAAAAGGAAGGAGGGAUUCAGUGUGAUGAUAUUAAGGGAUUAUCGAAGCUGAUUAAGGCUUUGAUUUAUGCCGAGAGGAAAGAAUCAACGGUCAGGAUUUAUGAGAUGAUGAGAAGGAGUGGGUGGGGUUCCAGUGUUACUGUGGAUGAGUAUUUGGGUAAAGUGUUGAGCAGAGGGUUGAGGAUAUUUGGAGAGGAGAAAAUGGCCGAUGAAAUUGAUGAGGAAUUAAGGAGAUUUUGUAGGGGCAUUUUCGAGAAACCAAGGGUUUAG